AUGGGGCAAAGACGGAAACAGGUUCAUCCUACGAAGGGAAAGAACAAAGACAAAGAGAUGGUGAAUGAUGUCUAUGACAGUAUGGUCUCCCCCUCAUCGCUACAGGGACUUGUGACCUCUGUAUUUCACAAGACACCUUCACCACCAGGAUCGUCUCCCUCUUCAAUGGUACCCGUGAACAUGCAUUGUCAGCAGCACCCAUCACCACGUCCUUCAACAUCAUCAGCACACUCGCCACCACAUGAUCUUCAACGCUUUCAACCUCUGCAGCAGCAGCAGCAGCAGCAGCAGCAGCAGCAGCCCGACAGGACCGUCUUACUCUUCGAUGGUACCCUUGAACAAGCAUCGUCAGGAACAACAACACCCUUCCUCAUCAGCACCAUCGCCCCCACUCGAUCUUCAACGCUUUCAACGUCUGCAGCAGCAGGAGUCCCCACGAAAGAAGAAAAAAGACAAGAGACCGUCUAUUUUUCCGACAAGGGAUGCGACAACCCUUGCCGUCAAAGGAAGAAAUCGUCUUUUGCAGUGAAGCAGCAGCAGCAGCAGCAGCAGCAACACCAUCCUCAAGUCACACCCAAGUUCACCCCGCAAAGUCACAAAGAGAGAAGAAGAAGGAGGCGGCAGCUGGAUCCACAAGCGGAAGAAGAAGAAGAAGAAGAUGAGAUGCCACCCCCACCUCCUCCGUGGCAACUGGAUCCACAAGUGAAAGAAGAAAAAGAUGUGAUGCCAACCCCAUGGUUGAUGACCCCACCUCCAUCUGAUACCAAACAGGACAGAUUCAUCAACAAGCGAGGUUGA